AGAAAAACUCAACAGAACGGGUUCCGGUUUGAUUUGAUCUAUCGCGCCCGAUCCGAUCCGUUCCGUAGGCAGUUUCUCUCCGUAUUCCAGUCGUCGCAACUUCUUCCCCACACAGAGAUUCGCACGUUCUCGCGAUGGGAGCGGAAGCCGAGGGUACUCCCCCGUCGCAGCCCGCCGCCGGCGAGCCCGCGACCACGGCAAGGGCGCAGCCCAUCUCCGCAGCGCAGUUCCGCUCCUGGAAGCAGCGCAAGGAUGAAGAGGAAGCUGCAAGGAAAGCUGAAGCAGCUCAGAAGCGAGCUGCUGAUAUCGCUUCGGGAGCGGUGCAGAUGAACGGCCGCGAGCUGUUCCAACAUGAGCCCUGGGUGUUCGACAACAACAUUUACUGAGAUACCGAGAGCAUGGUGGUGUCGGGCUACUGUUCCUGUCUUGUGGAUAACUGUAGAAUGCCUUGAGAUCUGAUAAACUCGAGAACAUAAUGCACUAUGGCAUUACUGUAUAUCAGCACAUGAUUGUUGGUAAUCCGUGGAUGUGGUUAUUGGCAAUCCAGAUGUCUUUCAGUCUUUGAAGGCAUCUAGACUUAGCGAGAAGGCAAAAAAGGUCUCGUCCCAGGUCCAGCAGCCAACUGACUGCCCAUCCAACAGAUUCGCACCGCGGACAAGCUACAGUGCCAUGUUUUUUGCGGGAAA